AACAGACAAGAAGAAAAACAACUGAAAAUUUACUUUUCAUCCAAAGGAAAAUAGAUGAUUGUUUUUUUUUUUAACCGAAAAAGAAAUAAAAAUCAGAAAUUUUGAGGGGGCAGGGCGGGAGGGGAAUUUCACUACAUUGGGUUUCAGAUUCACUUCGAUUCUGUAUAAAUAGGAUUCUCUCGGUCAGCAAUUUCUUAGAAGACUAAAGUCAAUAAUCAAUACAAUUCUUUAAGCUCCAAGAAUGGCAGCACUUAAGAUCACCAAAAAGCACCAUAAACACAUUAAUAACCCUUUCCCUUCUACCCCAAAAUCCCUUCCUUUCAUUCAGGGAAGUCUCUUUUUCGAUCUCGAGACACUACCUUCCCACCAAAAGUACCCAAUUGGCAGAGACUUUCAGCUCCUCUGGGACUCCAAAAAUGGAGUGUGUCUCUCAAUUUCUCACCGAUCACAGCCUACAAAAUUUAUAUGGUCUACCGUCGAAGGAGAAGCUUUUGUCUCUGCAGCCUUGGCUGAGACCGAGGUGGAAGAAAGCAGAGGUUCAUUUGCUUUCAGAGACAGAAACAUACGGUUGGUCUAUGACCACCAAACAAUCGAAGAUAUAAGAGUGAUCGAUCAAUUUCAGCACUGGUUGGAUGAUAGAGAUCAUGAUUUAUUAUCUAGCUAUGAAGGGUUAGAUCAGAAAAUAGUUUUGGAAGAUUCCCAGUUCCCUGUUUUGCUGAUCACAGGAAGAAUUUUCAAUACCCAGAAAAAGAAGAAGAAACAGCAGCUGCCGGACCCUGCCGUUUACAAAGACAUAAACCUUGAGUUUAAUUGUGCAAGAUAUUGGGUUCUAUUCGACCAAAAGAACCGGCAUCAACUUGGUUUUCGAGUGACAAUUGAAAGGCCAAAAAUUGAGUCCCAACAGAGAGCUUCUCCUAUAGCUAGAUACCAGCGGUUUAGGCGAAAACUUGGAUGGAUACGUAAAAAGAGGCUGGGAUGGUGCUGGUUCUUCACAAGGCCGAGAGGAUUUGUAGCAGUUUCGUCAUUAGCAGAGAAAGAAAUAGGAGAAACCAAGACUGCAGACUCCAUGCAUUUCAAUAGGGUCUGCUUAACAUAUUCAAGCGAAAGAAGUGAAAGAUUUUAUGGUUUUGGUGAGCAAUUCUCUCAUAUGGACUUUAAAGGCAAAAGGGUACCCAUUUUUGUUCAAGAACAAGGAAUUGGAAGAGGCGACCAACCUAUUACUUUCGCUGCUAACUUGGUUAGCUACAGGCUGGGUGGUGAUUGGAGCACAACUUAUGCUCCAUCACCAUUUUACAUGACGUCAAAGAUGAAGUCUCUUUACCUUGAAGGAUACCACUAUUCUGUAUUUGAUCUCACAAGAUCAGAUAGAGUCCAAGUACAGAUUCAUGGAAAUUCAAUUCAAGGAAGGAUUCUGCACGGUAACUCACCAUCUGAGAUCAUUGAGCACUUCACAAAAAGUGUUGGAAGGCCUCCGGAGCUUCCUGAGUGGAUUAUAUCUGGGGCUGUGGUUGGAAUGCAAGGUGGCACAGAUGCGGUUCGCCAUGUUUGGGAUGAACUGAAGACUUACAAGGUUCCCAUUUCAUCAUUUUGGUUGCAGGAUUGGGUGGGGCAACGGGAGACACUGAUUGGAUCUCAGCUGUGGUGGAACUGGGAAGUGGAUACCAAAAGGUAUGAGGGAUGGCGACAGCUUAUUAAAGAUCUUGGUGCCGAGCAUAUUAAAGUUAUGACAUACUGCAACCCAUGUCUAGCCCCGACGAAUGAUAAGCCUAACCGGAGGAGAAACCUAUUUGAAGAGGCAAAGAAGUUGGACAUCCUAAUCAAAGACAAGUAUGGAGAACCAUAUAUGGUUCCAAAUACAGCUUUUGAUGUGGGAAUGUUGGAUUUGACACACCCAGUUGCAACAGGUUGGUUCAAGCAGGUUUUACAGGAAAUGGUAGAUGAUGGAGUCAGAGGAUGGAUGGCUGAUUUUGGGGAAGGGCUGCCUGUCGACGCUACCCUAUAUUCAGGUGAAGAUCCUAUUUCAGCUCAUAACAGAUAUCCAGAGUUAUGGGCCAAAAUAAACAGAGAGUUUGUUGAAGAAUGGAAAAGCAACCAUGCAACUAAGGAAGGAGAAGAACCAGAAGAUGCUUUGAUCUUCUUCAUGAGGGCUGGUUUCAGAGAGAGUCCCAGAUGGGGUAUGUUAUUUUGGGAAGGAGACCAAAUGGUAAGCUGGCAGGCUAAUGACGGUAUUAAGAGUGCUGUUGUUGGCCUAUUAAGCAGUGGACUUUCUGGGUAUGCCUUUAAUCACAGUGAUAUUGGAGGCUACUGUUCAGUAAAUUUACCAAUUAUUAAGUAUCAGAGAAGUGAAGAAUUGCUUUUAAGGUGGAUGGAGCUAAAUGCUUUCACCAGUGUUUUCCGGACACAUGAAGGAAACAGACCUACGUGCAACACUCAAUUUUACUCAAACGAGCAGACUCUUAACCAUUUUGCACGAUUUGCCAAAAUUUAUACCGCUUGGAAAUUCUACAGAAUCCAACUUGUAAAGGAAGCAGCCCAGAAAGGCUUGCCUGUUUGCCGCCACCUAUUUCUACACUAUCCGGAUGAUGAACGGGUGCAUAGACUGAGUUACCAGCAAUUCUUGGUGGGUAGUGAGAUCCUAGUGGUGCCUGUCCUUGAUAAGGGCAAGAAGAAUGUCAAAGCAUAUUUUCCAGUAGGAGAAACUUGUUCUUGGCAACACAUAUGGACAGGAAAGUUAUAUACAAAACAAGGUUCAGAAGUUUUGGUAGGAGCUCCAAUUGGUUAUCCUGCUGUAUUUGUAAAAUGCGGGUCUAUCACUGGAGAAACUUUUCUCGCAAACUUGAGAAAUUUUGAUUUACUUUAAGAAUAUGACUUGUAACCUAAUGUUUGUCUAAUGUAGAGUAGCAUUUCUGCUUGUCAUGGGGCUUCCAUGCAGACCUAGAAUAAUGGUAAAAUCAAAACUAAAUGAAAUCAAAA